UAGCAGGCUGAGACACAGAAACAGGAAGGUGAGAAUGUGUGUGUGUGAGUGUGAAACGGCAGCCUAACGUCACACGACACACAGCCAAGUGUGCCGCUCACUUCUUCUGAGUUUUGUCCGUUUUGUUGCCUGUGAAAGGAGAGUGUUUGUGACAUGCCUGAGGAGGAAUAUUAGCAACAUCAACGCACAAAAUGAAUUUCCAACACAGGGCAGCACUGGAUAUAUCCACCAGGAACCCUCAGGAUGAUUUUGAGAUUCUGCAGAGGUUCGGAGGAGGAACUUACGGGGACGUUUACAAGUCACGUAACAAGCAGAACGGAGAGCUGGCAGCCAUCAAGGUCAUCAAGAUGGAAGCAGAUGAUGAUUUUUCUGUCAUCCAGCAGGAGAUCGUCAUAGUGAAGGGCUGCAAACACCCCAACAUAGUGGCUUAUUUUGGCAGCUACAUACGAGAUUAUAAACUGUGGAUCUGUAUGGAGUUCUGUGGAGGAGGCUCCCUGCAGGACAUCUACCAUGUGACUGGUCCUCUGGCUGAGCCACAGAUCGCCUACAUCUGCAGGGAGAUGCUGCAGGGUCUGGACUACCUGCAUGCACAGAAGAAAAUCCACAGAGACAUCAAGGGUGCCAACAUCCUCAUCAACGACUGGGGCGAGGUCAAGCUGGCUGACUUUGGGAUCUCGGCUCAGAUCACUGCCACUCUGGCUCGGCGGAUGUCCUUUAUCGGGACGCCAUAUUGGAUGGCUCCGGAGGUGGCAGCGGUGGAGAUUAAAGGUGGCUACGAUGAACGCUGCGACAUCUGGUCUGUGGGCAUCACAGCCAUCGAGCUGGCGGAGCUACAGCCGCCGAUGUUUGACGUCCACCCGCUGAGAGUCCUGUUUCUCAUGUCCAAGAGCGGCUACCAACCUCCCAAACUGAAGGACAAGUCUAAAUGGUCCUCCAUGUUUUAUAACUUUGUAAAGGCCAUGCUGGUGAGGAACCCGAAGAAGAGACCCAGUGCCUCCAAGUUGCUCUCAAACAUGUUUUUGACCCAGCAGUGCCUGAAACGGGAGCUGACGCUGGACCUGCUGGAGAAGUGUCAACACCCUGAGAAACACAAGUCCUGCCUGCUGACGGAGGACGACGAGAUGGAGGUGACGCUGCCUGGAUCUCUGAGGAGGAUCCAGUCUGUCAACAAACACAACCAGGCAGAGAGGACAAACUCUGCCACCAGCAUGGAACAGAUUUACACUCAGAGGCCUAUGAAGAACCAAUCGCCAACCGCUACAUUAACACCUUCACUUGGAUCCACCGGCAGUAGCAAGAGUCCAUUAGGGGAUCAGGACACAGACGACGACGACGACGACGACUAUGACGAUGUGGGCGUCCCUACGAUACCAGGCACCAGUCGCAUAAUGCCAGCCAAUGAAACUCCACCUCCACUCCCGCCAAAGCCUAAAACCCGGACCAGCUCAGAGGAAAGCAUGGCGGGGGAGGAAGAGCGGGUGAGGAAGCUCUGCUUGCCGCUCACCCCCCUCACUCGCACCAGGACCUCCAGUGGGACGCAGGUUCGACCAACGCUCCAACCACGACCCUCGCGACUCUCAGACCCUCUAUCCUUACCUGUCCAGUUGAUUGAAAACCCGGCAGACCUCCUUCCUCCUCAGCUCCCCCCUAAAAUCAGACUCAGGCGGAAACCUCCAUCAAAGGACCCUGCUGAGUGUGUCAGCCCCAUCGUGAAGAAAUCACCCGUCUACUUUAAAAAGAUCUUCAAUGGCUGCCCUCUUAAAAUAAACUGCUCCACGAUGUGGGAAAACCAAGCUACCAAAGACAAGCACCUGAUCCUGGGGGCAGAGGAAGGGAUCUACACCCUUAACCUGAGCGGCUCCGAAGCCACAAUGGAGCUGCUGUAUCCGGGGAAGUGUACCUGGGUCUACACCAUCAAUAACGUCCUCAUGUCUGUAUCAGGUAAGUCCUCACAGCUCCACUCCCAUUCACUGAAGGAGUUGUACGAACAGGCUCGCAGGGACCAGAGGAUGGUUUCCUUGUCGACUCACAGGCUGUUACCAAGGAAAUGUGCAGUGACGUGUAAAAUACCAGACACCAAAGGCUGCAAGACCUGCUCAGUCGAGAGAGAGCCAACCAAAAACUAUUCUCCUGCAGCAGAUAACGUGCAGCGAGGCUGCGUGUUCCUGUGCUGUAGUCUGGAGUCCAGUGUAAUCCUGCUGCAGUGGUACGAGCCCAUGCACAAGUUCAUGCUCAUUAAGAAUUUUGACUUCCCCCUGCCCAACCCUCUGCGGGUGUUCGAGAUGGUGACGGUGCCCCAGCAGGAGUACCCGCUGGUGUGCAUCGGCGUCUCUCUGGGAUCCAGCCCCAACAUGCCCGUCAUUGUAGAAUACAUCAACCUCAACUCCAACACAUCCUGGUUCACCAACUCUGGCCUGGAGAGACCUUGCCCAGAUGUAGUUCAAGUAAACCAGUUAAGCAGUAGCUCACUGCUCGUCCUCAUAGAAAAGUCGGUGCAUAUAGUCGGUCUGAAGGGGGAGCUGAAGAGCAACAGGCCUCCGACACGAGACACCACCUUCUCUCAUGCUAUCGAGUCUAUAGUGUAUUAUGAGGACACGCUGCUGGCAGUGUGGCGUCACGGCUGGCAGAGGAGAGGACAAGGUUUCACUGAGGUGCUGGAGGAAACCACCGACCACAGAAAGAUCUACAGACUGGUGCAGUCCGACAGGAUGGUCGUCCUGGAGACGCAUCAGACCGAGGACCAGUCGGGAAUGUCCAACCUGUACGUCCUGGAAAUUGCCGAGAACUAUGUCAUGCUGCCUUGACUCUCCCGUCUGCUGGCGUGGGGGCAUCAUGGGGAAACUCCCACUCGUAUAUGAAUGCCCCCACGCAGGAUUUUCAUCUGUCAUCAUUAUCUCUGACAGGCGUGGAUGCCAAAGUAUUUUAGGAGAGGAGAUAUGUAAGAGGGUUAAAUGAUGGCAGGAUGUUGCGAAAUUCAAACUGACCAAAGAGGAAAGUUGUGUUGAGGCCUUCAAUCUGAGGGAGUCUGCUCUUAUUUAUGCUGAUUUGUGUGAUCCAGAACAACUUCCAGAAUCCAGACAGCUGAGAAAACCCUAAAAUGAACAGAGAAGGAAGGUCCUCCUCUAACACUAAAGAGGAGUAUCUGCUUUCUCCUGCAGGGACUGAAAUAUUGUGGAUGUCUUCCAGCAAAUGCGUGGAUGGACUCUUGCUGUGUAGUUUGUAUGCCAGCGUUCAAGAUGCACACUUCUCACUGCCGUUACAUUGUAAUAAAGUCAAAGAACACAACAUGAGGUGAGCUGUACUGAUCUUGGAGCGUUAAGUGUUAAUAAAGCGUGAACAUUAUA